AAAGGAAAGUACUCCUGGCGAGCCGACGUUCUCGGAAGGAGGCGCCUACCAAGAAACUAUUCCUGGCAGCGCCGAGCUAGCUCUGAAACAGGAGGGUACCUAUAAUAAUCAGGACGUUCUCAGCCCGUGGGUCGUAAUUGAUGUCUCUGAACCGAAAGGCCCUAGCCAAUGUCCAGGGAAUACGGCAUCAGCGGAUGAAUCCCCCGGCGAUCCAGUUGUGGAAAGCAUAAAGUCUCACAGGGCCGUCCAGUUCCCACUACCGGAUAGCGUACAAGCCACGGAGAAGAUUCAGUCUUCAUUGGUGCCUAGCUACAGCGCAGUCGCUGAGCCAUCAUUGAUCGUCCGGGACGAGGAUGGCAGACAGCCUAACAAUACAACCGCUCUGCCUGAAGAGACCAGCGAUCAACACGAAAACAGCAGCACCAACAAAAUAUACUUCACACCGGGCAAUGAAACGUUCAUGCCCGAGGCGGUUAUGGAAACGAAAGAGUCAGCCUUCUCCUCCUUUGUUCCCCCCUCUUCGGCUCCAUGGAAGACGAACAUCAAGGAGAAUAGUUUGCUUACGACGAUGACGGAGGCAUUGAUACCGGGCGAAAUCCCCUCGGCGGAGGUGACUGCACAAAACGCCCAACCGUCGACAUCUCCGAACACCAAGGGAUGUCCCCUAGGUACAAAGGAAGGCCCUACUAACAUGGCAUCAUAUGACAAACUUUAUUCUAUAUCCAACCCUAAUCUCGAUGACGGUCAAGAAUCAACCAGCGAGAUAUGGGAUUGUCCAAAAUCGGGAACGAACGCACCAUCCCACCGGCUCUUGUCAGCAUCUAUCCACGCUCCUUCGGGACAGUCAUCAGAACCGACCCAUUGUAUUGGACUAAGGGGAGCCAACGAGUCUAGCCCCACAAUGUCCCAGUCAAGAAGACCGCCACACGUGAUUCUCAACAAUAACUCUUUGAACCAUCGGGCGGCGUCUUUCACACCACAAGGCUUAGUUCUGAAGAGUACGUUGACGAGAUAUGACCCGCCACUGCGACUCGCUGGACCGGGCCUGGAACAAGGCGACCACGCUCUGAAUGUGAACCUCUCAAAUCCCACACAUUCAAGGAAGUACAUGGCUGAUCUACCUGAUCACAUUACAAGGGCCUACGGACCGCAGCCCUUGCACUCUGCUGGAGCCUACGCGACUCGUGGAAACGUUCCCCUUCGAACGGCCGUUUCGGGUACCGAUUAUAAAACGAUUCACAGAGUGCCGUCAACACGCGGGCUCCACGUCCCGGAUUGGGCUGCUGAGGCUGCUGCGGAGCGAAGGUCUGUAGGAAUGCACAUCUCCGCGCCGAAAGUGUCUUUGGGAACCUCAGCAACCCGUGCGUCUUCGUUGCACCAGCCUGAGGAUACGAUAACACUACGCACGCCCAUUCCGAGAGAUAUUUUCACUCCAGCUCUCCAACGUGACGCAUCCAGAGUGGCCAGAUGGGCUGCCGAAGUAUCCCGUGUGCGAGAGCCUGCAAGGAGUCAAAUUCUCGAGGGUUCUAGUCUCGAUGUGAAGGUCAAGGGUUGUCGUCAGGGUGCUCAACAGAGGCCGCUCCUUCUGAUCCAUGAUGCAAACACAACGUUAUCGCGGGACGAUACGCCAGCUAUUUUCCCAAACACGUCUCGAGCUGCUUAUCAUAGUCAAAGACCAAAGCCUUCCGAAUUUGCAAAACGGGCCGCUGAAACGCGCGAUGAAGAGCAAACAAAGUAAGGGUGUCCUAUAUUAAAACCGUUCGACGAAUUAUUAAUGAGCAUUUUAGGACUGUCCAGGGCUCUUACUACGAAUCCCUUUGCGCAAGGAAGAUGGAGGAUAUCAUACAAGAGGGGAGACGCAUAAACGCGAACAUGGGGAGGUUGCCUUCGAAUGGACAAUCUCCUACAUUGAGCGACUUGAGCCUGAGCGAGUGGUUUGAUCGAGGAAGGGACCCAAUCUCCGGAGAAGACAUCGAGAGGAUGAUCCGUAUGAUCACACGGGGAUACUGAUAUGUAAGCUUCCAAUGGACCAUGGUCUCAUAUCUCGUCAUCCAGCCAUCGUGAUUUUUGGGAGAGUCUUAUGCAUCGAGUCUGUGAACAGUCUAGUGUCGGAUCGAUUCUGGAUAAUUUGUACCGCAUUUCGUUUUGUAUCAAUGUAACACUUUAUGUGAUUUCCGUGCCUUGGAGACGAGUUGUAUCAGUGUCCAAAGCGAUUCGCCAGACCCCAG